CAGGACUCCAGGGCCCCAAGGCGUUCGCCCUCCGGACACCCGGGGUCCCCAACAGCCAAGCGCACCGCCCCCGCCGGCCCGCGCCACGCUCCGCCCUGGACGCGGCUCGUCCCGGCGCCGGGGUGCGCGCGGGUGGGAGCGGGCCCGGCUCAGCCUGAUUUACGGCUCUGCUGAAAACCGCUCGGCUCCCGCAGCAGUAGCACCAACGGUGGCGGCGGCGGCAGCAGCAGCAGCAGCAGCAGCAGCAGCGGAGCCUGCAGCUACAGCAACAAGUCGGGACUUUUAGAGUAAUGCAACAGAAGGCUUUUGAGGACAGCAGAUACCCCUGGCAGGAAUCCUUUGAGAAUGUUGCUGUGUGCCUGCCAUUCCGCUGCCCGAGGUGUGGAGACCAUACCAGAUUUAGAAGCCUGUCGUCAUUGAGGGCCCAUCUGGAAUUCAGUCACAGCUACCAGGAGAGAACCCUCUUGACAAAAUGCAACCUCUUUCCCUCCCUCAAAGACACAGACCUUGUUACUUCCUCAGAACCUCUGAAACAGGGAAAAUUGCAGAGCUGUGGCAAUGUGGUGAAGCAGAAACCAAGCUAUGUUAACUUAUAUAGCAUUUCGCACGAACACUCCAAGGACAGGAAGCCAUUCGAGGUGGUGGCAGAGAGACCUGUGUCCUACGUGCAGACCUACACUGCCGUGGACCUACGAACAGACUCGCUGGAUGGGCCGCGAUCGAGUCCUGGACUUCCCACCUCAGACACCAAAGCUGCUUUCGAGGCCCAUGUCAGAGAAAAAUUCAAUCGGAUGGUCGAGGCGGUGGAUAGGACCAUCGAAAAGAGAAUCGAUAAACUCACCAAAGAGUUGGCCCAGAAAACUGCCGAACUGUUGGAAGUUCGGGCGGCUUUUGUCCAGCUGACUCAGAAAAAGCAGGAAGUUCAGAGACGAGAGCGGGCCCUGAAUAGACAGGUGGACGUGGCCGUGGAGAUGAUCGCUGGGCUGAGGCAGCGCCUGACGGAAUCCGAGGAGGAGCUUCUCAGAAAAGAAGAAGAAGUUGUUACAUUCAACCACUUCCUUGAAGCAGCAGCCGAGAAGGAGGUUCAAGGGAAAGCUCGGCUCCAGGACUUUAUUGAGAACCUGUUGCAACGGGUAGAACUGGCGGAAAAGCAGUUAGAGUACUAUCAAAGCCAGCAGGCGGACGGCCUCUGCCGAGACAUCAGUGAGCACGUGCUUACAGAUAUCUCCUCAAAUAGGAAAUCCAAAUGCCUAAGCCGAGGGCACCCACAUUUGAUGUAUAACCACCCUGAUCUCAAGACCCAUUUUCAUCCAAAGGGAAGGAGCUACCUGAAAAAAGCCAAGGAUGACAGAGCCAGCAUGCAGCCUGCUAAGUCCAUUCACGAACAGGCCGAGUCCCCAAGAGAACUCUGCAGACUACCGAAGAAAGGCGAACCUCUGGGGUUCAGUCGGAAAGGCAACAUCAGGCCCAAAAUGGCCAAAAAAACCAACAGCGCUCGUGAACAUCAUCUAGAAGGGUGGGUGCCUCUGGACUACGAUUGCUGGGUUCUGGGGAAUGUUCUAGGGGCCAACAAUAAUGUCUUUUUGGGCACAUCCCAUAGUAAGACACAAUGGGAAAGCAAAGGGUAUAACAGUAUUUCCUGUCCGUACAAGCAUGUGGAUUAACCAGAAUUUAACAAACGGGAAUCUCAAUGAAACAGAAUUUUACUGCAGGUACCUUGUAGAAGCCAGAGGCAAAUUACAGAAAGCACUGAAAAGGUGAAAGCAAUCUUAUCCCCAAAUUUUAGUAGAACAAAGCUCCAACUUCUAAAAUAAUUAGCCCAGUCUUCAGUAGUUUCUGCAUCUGGUGUUCUAGGCAGUAGUGAUUAAUUCUCAGACCCAAGGUCACACAAGAUGUCAGGCACAGAAAAAAACUUCAUCUGUGUCCACUGCUCUCUAAAUUGUGAGACAAAGACUGGGAAUAGAAAGUUCUCUUCACUGCAGUGAAAUAAAACUAUUUUUAUUUCUUUUUAACCGUCCCCUCAAUUAAUGUGUAAGCCUUCAAAAGAAGGAUUCCUGUUUCCCCGAGUAUUCUGGUUAAUCCAGAUUUCAAUGUUUGGAUUGCUUCAGGGACUUGUUUAGUUAGACUUCAGUUCUCGUUUCCAUGGAGUGUUUCAGUUUGUCGGAUUCAGGUUUUGUGUUUCUCUGCAUGCAUGUUUAUUCAGCUUUUGGUGCAUCUCUUCCCUCUUUGGCUGGAUAUUCUGCACCUUAAGAUCAUGCUGCUAGCCUCUACCUGUGUCUCUCGCUGUGGUUGGGGAGGCCAUAAACGCUUUGACGAGCCCCCACCACAAGCUCAGGGUCUGAAUGGGUGAAUGCCUCGGAUUGCACACGUGCUGCAUUGUGAGCCAUCCCAAGACACUGCAACCCUCUCCCAAGACCUCCUUUCCUGGCAGUGUCAGCAGCUUCUCUGUCUGUUAGCUGUGGGCAUCACUGUCUCCGUGCUGGCCUAACUUUUCCACCUCCUGCUGCUCCUGUGCCCUUUUAUGACUAAAAUAUACAUUCUUACCUUUCAGCCAGCUAUCUGAAGUGUUCAUUGUACACUGCUUUCUAAAGUAAUUUCUAACAUAAACAGUGCAUGUGGGAUCCAGACUCAGAACCUGUCCUCUCUGUCCCUAAAAUGGCCUUUGUUCCUACAAAGAACCGUCUGUUAAGAACCUGCUUUAUGAUUUUUUCUCAAGCAUUUCCAUGUUACUUUUUUAAAAAAUUUAGCAUUUUCAUCAAAUCUGCAGAGUUUACAAGUGCUGGCAUCCUUCUUGGAAAUAAGAAUAAUUAUGUCCCCAAAUAUAUACAUAUAUACAUAUAUAUAAUACAAACAAAAUAUAUAUAUGUCAAGUAUAUUAAGAAUUUAUUUUUAAAUACUCAUGGAAAAGGUGUGUGUGUGUGGUGGAUAGUUUUUAAACUAUAUAUGUUAGUUCAUGUAAAUUGAAUUCUCUCAUUUUAAAAGUUAAAACUGUAACCUAAUUAACAUUAGUAGAAUUAUUGUUAUUGCAGUAAACAUCAGAUUAGCAGGGCUUUAAAAAUAGGUAAUAAAGCAAUUACUUAAAAUGCUAGUAAAUUGAAAAGUGUAACUUACUACUGUACAAACGUUUUGAACCUGUCAUAGUGAAAAUGUUGACUUUUGAAUCUUCACUUUGACUUUUGGCUCGUAGGGGUGGACCAUUCACGUGGUGUAUAGGCAACUAUCAAGUGCGAAAAAUAUUGCUGUGAAUAUCACUGUUUAGGCUAACACUAUAAAAAUUGUAAUGUUAUAAUUAUUAUUUAUUUGGAGAAUUAACCUUCUCCAUGGUUAUUUAUUUAUUGAUGUUUAUACCAUGAUUGCCCUUUACCUUUUAUGUACUAAAAAUUGACUCGUUGAUUCUGUUGCAUGCUAAUUGUCCCGUAAUGUGUGUGUGCAAUGACAAUUUAUUUUGAAAGGUGGUAUAGCCAGAUUUUUUUUUUUUAAUUUUUUAAAUGUAACCUACAUUUUCAAUUUUCAUUUAAUAUGUCUAGGGUGCAUGACAGCUCUUUUUGACAGUGGUACCCAGUGAUCUUCAGAAAGCAGCAUAGUAUCAUAUCUACUCUAUGUACAUUACACAAGACAAAUGAUGUUAAGACUUCUUUAUUAAUUUUUUUAAAGUCCCAGCAGAAUUCUGACCCUCACACAAGAAAAUGCAUUAUGUACGUUGUGCUCCUUAAGAGACAUAAAUUUGCUAUUCAAACGUGAAGCUGGCUCACUCGAAGGGAUACCCCACUUACUUGCGAUGGCCCAAGCCAUGGGCCACGUCCUACUUCGGUUUUAUUUUUAAAUAUUUUCUUUGUCCACAUGGGCAGUCAACCUUAGAGUUGCUUUUUGGAAGAAAUCACCAAAGUUUCUGGGAAAACAUGUUCAAGGUUAAACUGAAGAAUGGAUCUAAUUUUAUUUAUUUUGUAAGGACAAAAUCUUUAUUUGAGCUGUUUUUCAUUCUUUUUUUUCCCCACUCAAGAUUACUUAUUCUUAACUGCAAAGUUCAGAUUGCUUAGACACUGUUUUCCAGUAUU